UGCGCGGGCACCGGCGGGAGGGCGGGCGAGCGAAGGCGCGUGGCUCGAGGCGUCUUGAGGCCGGGUUGGGUUCCGGCUCGUCGGGCGCUGUCGCCUGUCACAGAGCCUGGUGCCUUCACAGGGAUUUGUGUCCGGACAGGCGAGUUCAUCUCAGUGGUCGAGAGACGUUUUAACCCAGGAGGUCUCGUAGUGGAGCAAAGGGCAGGCAGUGAAGAAGAAAUAAAAGAUGCCAAGGAUGAAGAUUUUCCAGAAGGGACUUUGAGUUAAAGACAGCUUUUUAUACUUGGCAAGUGUUGUCAUCUGUAAUGAAGAUCAUUGAGAAAACUGAAUGAAGACUUUUAACAUUGGAUCUGGAUAGGAGGUUUAGAAAAGAAAAUUAAAAUUAGUCACUUUAGUUUUAGUGUUCCAAUCUCAUAAUAUUUAUUCUUUCUUCUGAAUAAAUUCAGGGAACAGAAACUAAAAUUCAUUGCUAUCCUAAUGGACACAAAUAUUUGUUCUUUGUGUGUGUGUGAGAGAGAAAAAAGUAGCUAACCAAGAGCUCUAGUGAUUCAUAAUGAAAUACACUAAAUUGAAUUUUAUGAUGUCAGUUCUUGGCAUUGUAAUCUAUAUAACUGAUUUAAUUGUGGACAUCUGGGUGUCUGUCAGGUUUUUCCAUGAAGGACAAUAUGUUUUUGGUAUUUUAACAGUAAGCUUUAUGUUCUUUGGAACACUUGUGGUUCAGUGUUUUAGUUAUUCUUGGUUCAAGGCUGAUUUAAAAAAAGCAGGCCAAGAAAGUCAGCAUUGUUUUCUUCUACUUCAUUGCUUGCAAGGAGGAGUUUUUACAAGGUAUUGGUUUGCCUUGAAAAAAGGUUAUCAUGUGGCUUUCAAAUACAGCAGCAAAACUGAUAACUUCAUGGAAGAACAAAUUGAUCAGCAUAAAGAAGUUAUAGAUAGAAUGACUGACUUGAGCAUGCUCAGGCUAUUUGAGACCUACCUGGAAGGCUGCCCACAACUUGUUUUGCAGCUCUACACCCUUCUGGAGCAUGGUCAAGCAAAUUUCACUCAGUAUGCUGCCAUCAUGGUUUCUUGCUGUGCUAUUUCUUGGUCGACUGUUGAUUAUCAAGUAGCUUUAAGAAAAUCCUUGCCUGAUAAAAAUCUCCUUAAUGGAUUCUGUCCUAAACUCACAUACCUCUUUUACAAAUUGUUUACAUUAUUAUCUUGGAUGCUGAGUGUUGUACUUCUUUUAUUCAUAAAUGUUAAGAUUGCAUUAUUUCUGUUGUUAUUUCUUUGGUUUUUAGGGAUAUUGUGGGCAUUUAAAAAGCAAACUCAGUUUUGUGCUUCUAUAAGUAUGGAAUUCUUAUACAGAGUUGUUGUUGGAUUCAUACUUACCUUUACAUUUUUUAAUAUUAAGGGACAGAACACCAAAUAUCCAAUGUUCUGUUAUUAUAUUGUAAGGGUACUGGUCACAGUGGGGAUAUUGAUUGGGUUUUGGGUUUGCCCAGUCUCUAUUUUUAAUUCAGACUAUUGUAUACCUAUCAGUAUCACUAUAGCUCUUAGUCUGGUCCUUGGAAUUAUUUUUCUUAUUGUUUAUUAUGGGACUUUGCAUCCAAACAGAAAUGAAGAAACAAAACCUGAUGAAAUUGAUGGAAUAGCAGCUGAAAGAGAUUGUAGAAUGAAGUAUUUUCUAAUGGAAUAGCUAUUCAUUUACGAGAUAUGUUUUUUUAUUUUUUGUUUCAUUGGUUAGUAAAGAAAAUGUCAUAUGUA